AUGAUUUUUAUUAUUUUGAUAAUUCUCUUUCUCAUAAUUACAUUUUUAGUUGUUUUUGUAAAAAGGCAUAGAAGGAGAUAGCAGAUUCCUUAAUCUUAGAUGCCAAUCUAAUUGGAAGAAAAUAAAGAGGAUAUCAAAGAGAAGGCAGAAAUAGAAGCAAUAACCAUUACAAAAUAAAGCUCUAGUAAAACUGAUGGGAAUGAAUAAAAUAAUCAUAGAGAACAUUUAAUUGAUGAAUAAGCCUUUUAAUUUGGUGAGGAUAGUGAUAAUGAAAAAGAUGAAGAGAGAAACUCUUCUGGCAAUUAAUCAUCGGAUCAUAAAUAGAAUCAUGUAUUCUAAUUCUAGGAGGGCGAAUAAAAGUUGGAUGAAUUAAUUGAACCAGAAAAUUGA